GGCUCGUGCUCUGCGCCUGGAAUCUCAUCUUUCCAGUCAGAGCGACACAACGACGUCUCCUCUCGCUCCUUUCUCGGCGCUUUUUGAGUGUUAUUACCGCCUUAUAACGACCCUCCGGGGCUGCCGACGGAAACCGCUACGAAGCAGGAUGCAGUAGGCCGGACCCAGUCCCCUGAGAUGUUACUAAGCUAUGAGGAUGGGUCAGAGAAAGAAGUCACGCCGGUGAGGCGAACAAGCCGUCCACCACCCCUGAAAAGCUACCGCAGCUACACGAACUGACACAGCCAUGCCCCGCCUGCCCUCCUGAUUUUCCUCCCCAACCUCUGCACCUUCCCUUGGUUGAAUUACAGUCACAGCAUCCCAUCCGACCCCCCCCUCCCCGUCAAGUCAGCAUGGCUACACCUUUCUUGUGGAAGCUGUCAUCCCAGAAGCUGGGCUUCUUUCUGGUCAGCUUUGGCUUCAUCUGGGGCAUGAUGCUGUUGCAUUUCACCAUCCAGCAACGAGCCAGCCAUGAGAACAGUGCUGUGCUGCGGCAGCAGAUCCUGGACCUCAGCAAGCGCUACAUCAAAGCGCUGGCUGAGGAGAACCAGAGUGUCAUGGAUGGGCCAUAUGUGGGAACCAUGACAGCUUAUGACUUGAAGAAGACCCUGGCAGUGCUGCUGGAUAACAUCAUGCUGAGGCUGGGCAAGCUGGAGUCCAAGGUGGAGAACAUCUACAACGGCACGGGGGGAAACCUGACCAACGGUACCAGCACUGCCACACCCAGUGCCACGAACUCCGAAAAAGUCAACGUAGCAGACCUCCUAAAUGGAGCCCAGGAGAAGUGUGAGCUGCCGCCUUUGGAUGGUUUCCCUCACUGCGAGGGCAAGCUCAAGUGGAUGAAGGAGAUGUGGCGCUCAGAUUCCUGCUACUCUAACUAUGGGGUGGAUGGGUCCACCUGCUCCUUCUUCAUCUACCUCAGUGAGGUGGAGAACUGGUGUCCUCGUCUGCCCUGGAGGACAAAGAGCCUAAGUGACGAAACGGACCGGAGGGGGCAGGCGGAGAUCCGGACCAGUUUCGAGGAGCUUUACCGCAAGAUGUCACAACGGGAAGAGUUCCGCUGGAUGAUGCUGAGGAUCAAGCGCAUGGCUGAGCCGUGGGUCAGCGCCAUUCGCUCGCUGGCUGCCAAGCAGAACCUGGCCAAGCGACGGAGGAAGAAGAUCCUGGUUCACUUGGGCCUGCUGACCAAGGAAUCGGGCUUCAAGAUAGCAGAAAAUGCCUUUAGCGGUGGCCCAUUGGGCGAGUUGGUCCAGUGGAGUGAUCUUAUAACCACGCUGUACCUGCUGGGCCACGACGUUCGCAUCUCCGCCUCCCUGACUGAGCUCAAAGAGAUCAUGCGGAAGGUUAUGGGGAACAAAUCCAGCUGCCCCACUCAGGGUGACAAGGUGGUCGAGCUUAUUUACAUUGACAUCGUGGGUCUCACCCAGUUCAAGAAGACGUUGGGGCCUUCCUGGGUCCACUACCAGUGCAUGUUGCGGGUGCUGGAUUCUUUUGGGACGGAACCAGAGUUCAACCACGCCCACUAUGCCCAGUCCAAGGGUCACAAGACGCCGUGGGGAAAGUGGAACCUCAACCCGCAGCAGUUCAACACCAUGUUCCCUCACACCCCAGACAACAGUUUCUUGGGCUUUGUUGUGGAGCAGCACCUCAACGCCAGCGACAUCAAACACAUCGACGACAUCAAAAGGCAGAACCAGUCGCUCGUCUACGGCAAGGUUGACAACUUCUGGAAGGACAAGAAGAAAUACCUCGACAUCAUCCACAGCUACAUGGAGGUUCACGGCACCGUGCACGGCACCAGCACCGUGCACCUCCCCAGCUACGUCAAGAACCACGGCAUUCUGAGUGGUCGAGACCUGCAGUUCCUUCUCCGAGAAACUAAGCUGUUUGUGGGUCUGUCCUUCCCCUACGAGGGCCCUGCCCCCCUGGAGGCCAUCGCCAACGGCUGUGCCUUCCUCAACCCCAAAUUCAACCCUCCAAAGAGCAGCAAGAACACCGACUUCUUCAAGGGCAAACCCACUCUGAGAGAGCUGACCUCUCAACAUCCGUACGCCGAGGUGUACAUAGGUCAGCCCCACGUGUGGACGGUGGAUAUUGACAACUCUGCCGAGGUGGAGAAGGCCAUCCGCUCCAUCCUCAGCCAGAAGAUUGAGCCCUACCUGCCCUACGAAUUCACCUGUGAGGGGAUGCUGCAGAGGGUCAACGCCUUCAUUGAGAACCAGGACUUCUGUCACGGUCAGGUCAUGUGGCCUCCUCUCAGCGCCCUGCAGGUGAAAAUGGCCGAACCCGGACGCACCUGCAAGCAGGUGUGUCAGGAGGAGCAGCUCAUCUGUGAGCCCUCUUUCUUCCAGCACCUCAACAAGGACAAGGACCUGGCCAGGUUCGGUGUGGACUGUCAGACGGUGGAGUCGAGCGCCGACACGGUGGUCCCAGCCUACAGCGAGACCCGCCACCACUGCAUCUUCCAGUCCGACCUGCUGCUGUUCAGCUGCGCCGGCGCCCACCAGUCGCUGCGACGCAUCUGCCCCUGCCGCGACUACAUGAAGGGCCAGGUGGCGCUGUGCAAAGACUGCCUAUAGCACCGACACACGGGCUGACGGAGGGUGGUGCCGGUGGGGAGGGUUUGGGGGGGGGGUUCAAGAUGUGGCCGGAGCAGCUUGAGUGAGUGUGUUUGAGAGACACACACUCCAGGGUGUCGCAGCCACGCAGCUGUCAAUCAAACACAACGGACUCCUUUUGGGGGAAAAAAAGAAAAAGAAAAAAAAUCACGAGACUGCGUUUGUUCUUCAUAUUUAUUGUUUUCCUCCAGCUGCGGGAGGAAAAACACUCCUGAGCAGAUUCAGCAGCGGUGGCGCCGACGCGGUGUGAAAUUACUUGAAUCAACAAAAGGGAGUCGAAUUUGAAAUCCCAGCAGAUGAGCUCUGUGCUCCCGCCUGGCUGGACUGCACAUAUCAGUGACUGCCUGCCUGUUUUGUCAGCAGCCAGGGACCAAGGAGACUCUCACCCCCCCUCCCCCAUCACAGCCACCCUCACUCCUCCAUCCAUCUCCCCCCUGCUCUAAUCUGAAACUGUUAUUCUUUAGGUAGGUUUGCACUGGACUGGCACGCCUCAAGGCCCACCACACAAACACAAAAGCAUAUAAAUAUAUAUACAGAAGAACCACACACAUGGAGGUGGCUAAAGAAGAACCCAGUUUUACACUGUAACCAACUCUCUUCUGGAUAAAAGAGGCGAGAUGUAACGUCGAUGUCUAGAUUUUUAUUCUGGGAGUUUUAACAUUUCCCCCAGACUUCCGACGAGUCUUCAUUCCUCCCUUGGAUCAGAGUUUCACACGUUUAAGUUGCACACUUGUUUUCGAAUGAGACUUUUUACUUAAAGGACUGCGUCAAAAGGCCAGUAGAGAAUCAUGAGAGAUGUCUCAGUCCGACUGUUUUCAGCUCACCAUGCGGUACUACCGAGAGGACGAGGAUCGGGAUCAGGGAGUGGGGGGGUGAGGGUCGUUCUCUGUGGCUAAGUGUCGUUAGGAUGUUGUGACGUUGUAGAUGAUAAACUCGUCGUGGGUAGCAGCGGUAACACCUAGACCAGGCUAGGAAGCCUCGUAAGACUCCACAGCCUGCAGAGAAACACCUUCCCCAGAUGUUCGUCCUUGUCUUUACAGAUUUAAAGAAAAAAAAAAGAACCAACACUCGUCUCCCGUCUGCCACACAGCAGCUGUAAAUCCUGUCCAGCAAACUGUACGCAAACAUGCCAACGAAGCGCUCCGAAAGUGGCGCAAAAAAAAAAAAAACCUUGCAUCACCGCGUUUUUUCUUUGGAUAAUCGUUAGGAUCUUAAUUUGCCUGGAGAUUUGCAAAAAAAAAAAAAAAGAAAAAAAAAGAAAAUUUGUAGUUCUUGUGGUGAAUGAAAAAAAAUGCACUAAGUUAAUCUAUUUGGAGGUUUAACAGGAUAUUAGUAACACUGUAUAUUGUCCAUAAGGGUUUUUCUUUUGUAUUUAUUUUGUAUACAGAUCUUUAUCGCUGUGUUUUGCUGGAAAUCUUUGUUUUUUUAUUUAUAGGAGGGGGGUGUCUUCUUUUGUUUUUUUUUUCGUUCUUUUUAUAGAGUUUUAUUUAUGGAAGGUAAUUUAAGAAAAUAAAAUAUCUUCAAGUGUAUGACGGAGACCAGGAGGUUUAGUCUGCGGCUGUCCGGCUUUCAGCAGUGAUGUGAUGCUAAAAACAGACUCAUUCAUGGUCGUUAAUAUAUUUGUGUAUUAAGUUUGUCAUUUGAACAUUUUGGGCACAAAAAAAAUUUUUUUUUCCCACAAAUAUGUAGUUUUUAGGCACAAAUUGUGUUUUUAUUAAUCUCCCGUCACUGUUUCUCUAAGACGAACACUCGCAGAUAAACGUGAAAGGAGCCUCAUACACUUUAAUGUGCUUUGAUUUCCAAUCUCAGUUUUUCUGUUUGCACACGUUCAGCCUGAACGGCAGCGUUCAGUUCCACCGCCUCCACUUCCUCACUGUCCGCUCAGACUGUUUUUAUGUCCUUGUUUCUUCUUUUUUUUUAAAACAGGUCAGUGAUCUGCUGCCAAGUUAGCGUUUCAAAGAACAUGAUGUGCCUUUUUCGUGGUUUUAAGUUCGCUUCUGUUUGACCGUCGGCAACUUGUCUGUGAGCUGCGGUCCGUCAGAGGAUUCAUGUCGGGGUCACUUUCGCCUGUUUAACCUGAAGUGUUGAAGCAGCCUUCAGGCCCAGAUUGAAGUUUUUUGAGUUCUUACAGGAUCCUUUUCACUUUUGCUGCUCAUCUGAAUUAAGAUUAUUUAUUGUUUUUAAUUUAAAUCCACGAUUUAAUCUGGAGAUUUGUUCAAUUUAGCUCCUCGUGUUUGGAAAAUGACACUGAUUGGGUCUUUAUCAGACAGUUCAGUUUGCCAUACAUUUAUAUGAACACCAGAAGCCUAGCUAGGGAUGUUUUAACCGUACUUAGAUCACCCAAAUGAGUAAAUUAUCACAGCACAUGUAGAAUAAGGAGUUUUAUGAUUUUUGUUGCCUUAAACUAAUUACCCACAACAAUCUGCUCUCGCUUUUUGACCUCCUGCGGCUGUGACGUACACACGAGUGGGUUCAGAUUCUAAAACAACAGCAGCGUUCCUCUUUCGCAUUAAGCUGGUGGUGCUUCACGACGAAUCCCAUGAGAAGGGAGUGUGUCUGUUGGAACAUAUUUUAGUCUCGUUUAAAGGUUCUUGGGUACACUUGAGUAUGUCGAGGUAGAGUUUGUCGACAAACAUGUGCACAGCGAAUGUUUAGCAAGUAGCCGCUUUUGUUUCUAAAACCUAAUGAAUAAUUGUGAUGGAUAGGCUAAUGUUGAUCUCAGCUGAUUAUUAUUAUGAUUGUGCACUUCCUGUCACUUGUAUUGAAAUAUUUCAUCUCCAGAAAGGAUGAUGUUCUUUCUGUGAGUGUUCCACUGUAUGGUAAAGGUUCCAAAUGGUGAAAAAAUAGUCUGCACAGUAACUUUUAUUUUGUAUGUUCUAUGCACUCUCCUUCAAAAUCACCCCAAUCGUUCUAAGAUGUUUAAUACUUUGCAGUCAUCCUGUGUUUUUUUUUCAAAAUAAAUCACAGAAAAGCUGAACAGCAGAAUGCAGCCCUCCAUAUUUACUGAUGAUAUUAAUCUUUGAAAGCAGCAGACUGAGAGGGCGGAACUGAGUCCAAAUAAGCUGCUCGCACACAAUAGGUGCUUCAAAAUUUGGUGGUUUUGGUCUUUUUAUGGGAUUUAUUCAAAUAAAAAUCUGGAGCAUCACCAGCAUUAUCCUUCCAUACCAUGGAAGCUGAACCCACGCUGAUGUUUCCAGCUGUAGUAUGAAGAAGCAUUUUGAAGCCUUCACAGUCGGCCCGGACCUUGUUUCGUUAAAAGCCUUAUUUAAUUUCUGUUAGCAGCAAAGCUUGUACAGAACAAAUCACCAUAUCUUGUCUUUGUUGACCUCAGCAUUGAAUGUCUACAUUGUAAAAAAAAAAAAGAAGAAGAAAAACAGUCACAAACAUGUAUUGUGUAUUUGUUUGUCCAACUGUUUGAAGCUCUCUUGGCAUCGAGUGUGUGAAGCAGCAGCAGAGCGGCGACGGCUGUGCUCCGAGCAGCGACAGGUGAACAGUGACUACUUUUGGUUUUGUUCUUCUUUGUUUUUUUUUUUCUUUCUUUCUUUCUUUUGGUUCCACAGUCCUUGAUGAGUAAGAGGGAUACAACUUUAUUUUUAAAUAAAUCUUUUUUCUGUGACAAA